AUGGUUACUGCAAAUGAUACUCAAGAAGAAUCUGUUAGAAAUAGCUCUAUUCUGAUAGACAUCAUUUCUAUUAAGCCAAUUACCCUAUUAAGCAAUUAUGGGAAAAAUAUACUAACUGAUGGCAAGAGCUCUGCUCCUUGA